AUGUGCGUCGCUUGCUUGAACGUUUCCACUCAACCAUGCAACCAUCGCUGGUAUGAGCUGGUCCAACCUUGUCAACCCGGCUUCCACCUCGCCAACUGUCAACAGAGACUCCGUUUGCAAGGGUGGGAAUCUCGUGUUGAUGGCUGUCCCUUUUGCGAGGGCACACACAGUUCAGUACGAGAGUCGACACAUCGACAACUCGGUAACGGCGGCCUCUUCACACCGCGAUUCGCACCUUCACAGACCGACAUCUCCUUCCUGGCACAGACGCAUCGCCGAGACAGCAACAACACAGUCAACACUCUUUCCCGCUACAGCAGCAGUUCGAGUGAGCCCGAGAACGAACGCGGCGCGCGGCAUCGUGAGCGAAACGAUCGUCUGCGUGUCUACCUCACUUCCGAUCCUCACGAACUUCUCCCCAGCGCGCGCAAGAACUACCCUACCUACGUCCAGCCAUCUCGCGAAGACAGCAGUGCCACUCUGGACAGCAUGUCCAGCACGAGCUCGGCCAAAAAGAGACCCAACAGCAUCAGUUCUGCACGUGGUCUCAUCUCCCGCGGCUGGAGAUCGAGCGCCAAAAUCGGUCGGGGUGCGUUGCAAAUCUCGUCUCCCCUCGUUUACCAAGGAUGA